GAACUGCUUCCGGGUCAGGGGGCAGGAGCCACCAUGGGGCCUCGCGGGGUUGCUGGGCUGACGGAUCCGCGGGCCGGUGUCUGAAGCGAACUGGGCGCAGCGCGGCCAGCGCCGCCGGGCAUAGGCAGGCCGGUCCCGUAGGCUCGCGGCCGCCGCCAUGUCGGUGCUGGGCGAGUACGAGCGACACUGCGAUUCCAUCAACUCGGACUUUGGGAGCGAGUCCGGGGGUUGCGGGGUCUCGAGUCCGGGGCCUAGCGCCAGUCAGGGGCCGCGAGCCGGCAGCAGCGCGGCGGAGCAGGAGGAGCUGCACUACAUCCCCAUCCGCGUCCUGGGCCGCGGCGCCUUCGGGGAAGCCACGCUGUACCGCCGCACCGAGGAUGACUCACUGGUUGUGUGGAAGGAAGUUGAUUUGACCCGGCUAUCUGAGAAGGAACGUCGUGAUGCCUUGAAUGAGAUUGUUAUUCUGGCACUGCUGCAGCAUGACAACAUUAUUGCCUAUUACAAUCAUUUCAUGGACAAUACCACUCUGCUGAUUGAGCUGGAGUAUUGUAAUGGAGGGAACCUGUAUGACAAAAUCCUUCGUCAGAAGGACAAGUUGUUUGAGGAAGAGAUGGAGCUUUGGUACCUAUUCCAGAUUGUUUCAGCAGUGAGCUGUAUCCAUAAAGCUGGAAUCCUUCAUAGAGAUAUAAAGACAUUAAAUAUUUUUCUGACCAAGGCAAACCUGAUAAAACUUGGAGAUUAUGGCCUAGCAAAGAAACUUAAUUCUGAGUAUUCCAUGGCUGAGACGGUAUGUGUUGCCCUUGUCUUCAUUUUUAUUUUCUUUUCCUUUCCAGGUCAACUGUGUGAUGCUACAAAUCCACUCAACCUGUGUGUGAAGAUCGUGCAAGGAAUUCGGGCCAUGGAAGUUGAUUCUAGCCAGUACUCUUUGGAAUUGAUCCAGAUGGUUCAUUCAUGUCUUGACCAGGAUCCUGAGCAGAGACCUACUGCAGAUGAACUUCUAGAUCGCCCCCUCCUCAGGAAACGCAGGAGAGAGAUGGAGGAAAAAGUCACUCUGCUUAAUGCACCUACAAAGAGACCAAGGUCAAGCACUGUGACUGAAGCACCCAUUGCUGUCGUAACAUCACGAACCAGUGAAGUCUAUGUUUGGGGUGGUGGAAAAUCCACCCCCCAGAAACUGGAUGUUAUAAAGAGUGGCUGUAGCGCCCGGCAGGUGUGCGCAGGGAAUACCCACUUUGCUGUGGUCACAGUGGAGAAGGAACUGUACACUUGGGUGAAUAUGCAAGGAGGUACUAAACUCCAUGGUCAGCUGGGCCAUGGAGACAAAGCUUCCUAUCGACAGCCAAAGCAUGUGGAAAAGUUGCAAGGCAAAGCUAUCCAUCAGGUGUCAUGUGGUGAUGAUUUCACUGUCUGUGUGACUGAUGAGGGUCAGCUCUAUGCCUUCGGAUCAGAUUAUUAUGGCUGCAUGGGGGUGGACAAAGUUGCUGGCCCUGAAGUGCUAGAACCCAUGCAGCUGAACUUCUUCCUCAGCAAUCCAGUGGAGCAGGUCUCCUGUGGAGAUAAUCAUGUGGUGGUUCUGACACGAAACAAGGAAGUCUAUUCUUGGGGCUGUGGCGAAUAUGGACGACUGGGUUUGGAUUCAGAAGAAGAUUAUUAUACACCACAAAAGGUGGAUGUUCCCAAGGCCCUGGUUAUUGUUGCAGUUCAAUGUGGCUGUGAUGGGACAUUUCUUUUGACCCAAUCAGGAAAAGUGCUGGCCUGUGGACUCAAUGAAUUCAAUAAGCUGGGUCUGAAUCAGUGCAUGUCCGGAAUUAUCAACCAUGAAGCAUACCAUGAGGUUACCUACACAACGUCCUUUACCUUGGCCAAACAGUUGUCCUUUUAUAAAAUCCGUACCAUUGCCCCAGGCAAGACUCACACAGCUGCUAUUGAUGAGCGAGGCCGACUGCUAACCUUUGGCUGCAACAAAUGUGGGCAGCUGGGCGUUGGGAACUAUAAGAAGCGUCUGGGAAUCAACCUGUUGGGGGGACCCCUAGGCGGGAAGCAAGUGAUCAGGGUCUCCUGCGGUGAUGAGUUUACCAUUGCUGCCACUGAUGAUAAUCACAUUUUUGCCUGGGGCAAUGGUGGUAAUGGCCGCCUGGCAAUGACCCCCACAGAGAGACCACAUGGCUCUGAUAUCUGUACCUCAUGGCCUCGGCCUAUUUUUGGAUCUCUGCAUCAUGUCCCGGACCUAUCUUGCCGUGGCUGGCAUACCAUUCUCAUUGUUGAGAAAGUACUGAAUUCUAAGACCAUUCGUUCCAAUAGCAGUGGCUUAUCCAUUGGAACUGUGGUGCAGAGCUCUAGCCCGGGAGGAGGCAGCGGGGGCGGUGGUGGCGGCGGCAGUGGUGAAGAGGAGGACAGUCAGCAGGAAUCUGAAACUCCUGACCCAAGUGGAGGCUUCCGAGGAACAAUGGAAGCAGACCGAGGAAUGGAAGGUUUAAUCAGUCCCACAGAGGCCAUGGGGAACAGUAAUGGGGCCAGCAGCUCCUGUCCUGGCUGGCUUCGAAAGGAGCUGGAAAAUGCAGAAUUUAUCCCCAUGCCUGACAGCCCAUCUCCCCUCAGUGCAGCAUUUUCAGAAUCUGAGAAAGAUACCCUGCCCUAUGAAGAGCUGCAAGGACUCAAAGUGGCUUCUGAAGCUCCUUUGGAACACAAGCCCCAACUAGGAGCCUGGUCACCUCGGCUGAAUCCCGCAGUAGCCUGUGCUGGGAAGGGAACACCACUGAUUCCUCCUGCCUGUGCAUGCAGCUCUCUGCAGAUGGAGGUUGAGAGAUUGCAGGAUCUGGUGUUAAAGUGUAUGACUGAACAACAGAAGCUACAGCAAGAAAACCUCCAGAUUUUUACUGAGCUGCAGAAGUUGAAGAAUAAAUUAGAAGGAGGGCAGCAGGUGGGGAUGCAUUCCAAAGGAACUCAGACAGCAAAGGAAGAGAUGGAAAUGGAUCCAAAGCCUGACUUAGAUUCAGAUUCCUGGUGCCUCCUGGGAACAGACUCCUGUCGACCCAGCCUCUAGUCUCCUGAGCGUAUAGAGCCCCCAGGAAACUGGGACCCAAAGAACUUCACAGCACACUUACCGAAUGCAGAGAGCAGCUUUCCUGGCUUUGUUCACUUGCAGACAAGGAGCACAAGGCAGAGGCUCUGAAGCACUUUCCUUGUACAUUUGGAGAGUGGCAUUGCCUUUUAGAUAGGAUCUAGGAGUGAUUUUAUUGUUUUGGAGAAUGGAAGGGCCCCCGAUGGCCCUGGCUUUGUCAUCAGUGACUGCCAUAGCAACAGCAGCUCUGUACCUCAUCUGUUGAUCCAACCUUUGAAGAGGAGACACAGUGCUCACCUUAAUUAUGCUGGUAGCAGCUUAUAUCCCAUAUAUCAUUUUCACCAUUGAUUGGAAGCUGCCCUGGGAAUUCAGUACCAGGCAUCACCCCUCUGGGUGGGAGAGGGAAAAGUGUAAAGCUGGAGCGGGCUGGAGUCAGGCGUGUCCCGCCCAGUGUCCUCUGCAGAGUGGUGAAGUAGUCUGAGCCCUCUCGGGAGCCCUGAGUCCAGGAAAAUAUGUCUGAUGGAGUCAGUCUAGGGCUUCUUUCCAUAAAGUUCAGUUACUUUGUGCAGCUAAAUGCUUUAUGAGGAAAAGUGGGCUUAGGUUGCUUUUCCUCUGAGGGUUGAUUGAAAUUUCUUGAGUGAGGAGUAGAGAAAGGGCAGGACCCUCCUCAUCACACAGCUGGAGUUUAGGCUGUGGCCAGUGCAGGGUGGGAUUUCCUAGCUGUGGAAGAUGCCUCUGAGGGAUGAGGUGUCUCAGAGAAUUGAGUCCAUGGGGCAUUUGGAAUAGCCUUAAGAGAAAAUCAUGAAGGAGAAGUCUUCCUUUAGCUGCCUCUACUUUGACAUCUUAGAGAGGGCUUAGAGGGCUCUGAAUCUUCUGCCUGUGAGAAGACUUCUUGAGCUCCUGCCUUCAUGGCUCUUAGGGUUCUAAUCUUGAUAUCAGCAGCCCCAACCACUUUGUUUCUGUAUGUCUAGUCAGUAUUUUUCCCAUUUUGGUGUUUUAUGAAGCCAUAUGAUAACCAGUGAAUCUCUAUCAUCUUACCUGAGUGGCCAAAGCCAGCACCAAAUCCUGGAGUCCCUGAAGCCUGACAACAGGCAGAACUUGCAAAAGGAGUUUGGCUGAGAGCUCACCUCUAAUCUUGUACUCAUUGUAUCUUUGUAGACAGGAACAAGCUAGCUUUGCCAAAGAGAAACAGUGUCCUAGAAGAACAAAACUUCUUAUAGAAAGUUCUAGACAAGUAUUUGGUGGUUUCCUUAAGGAUGUGAGCUUUGUUUUUCCACCUAGCCUUGUAAAAUGUUCCCGUAGUAUUUUGUGUCAAACAUCCCACCUUCCUACAAAGAGCUAAAUUAAUUUUGUUUCAUUUUUCCCAGACCAAAAUGUUUGAUAAUCUUUUCAACAUUGUGGGAGGUCCUGUGCAAUGGAAAUUUUGCCAUUUCCCCAAAACUGGUGGCAUAAAGACUGAUGCUCAGGGAGAACCCUAUGGCUGGGGACAGGCAACUCUGUUCAAUGGGAUCUUCUUUGGUUUGAUGUUUCCAUUGUUUUCUCAGUUCUGGGAAGCCUAGUACAUUAAUACUAAUAUAAUCACUGAAACUUUUUCUUGAAAUAAGGGAAGCGGCCAAACUUUGAUUAAAGUUGCAAGUUCUGGGGACUUCAGAUUGCCAUAAACCCUUACAAUGGGUUUUGGUUCAGCAUGUAAAUACAACUUUGAUUUUCUUAAGGACCGAUUGGCCUAUCAUGUCCCUGUAUCCUCAUGCUCAUCAUCUCAGCAGGCCUGAGAGGCCAGGUCAGUUUGGGUGUUCAUCAUGAGGAUUGCUUCUGCCGUGGAUCUGAUGGACAUGGGCAUGUUGCCGAGAAGGUGGGGUGAAAGUGAGCGCCGGGGGUGGGUGAGGGCCUUGCUCUUGUUCAGAGGGGAGUCUUUCCCUAGCAGUGCAAUGCUGUGGUCAUUUUCUCUAGCAUAUUCCCUUGGGAAGUCUAGAUUUGCUAUUAAUCUGGCUGAGAAUCUAAGUUCUGUGCCUUAGAGACAAUUUGCACUUUCCCAUAUUGUGCCUGGGACAGCCGUAUGACUUUUUUUUCCACCAAACAAGUAUGCAGACAGAAACCAGUUCAAAGGGGGAUAGAGUAAAAAAUGAGGCAGUAGAAAUGCCUUUGAAUGGUUUUCUGUAGCUAAUUCUCUCUAAAUUUUGUCCUGCUUUUUUUCUUUAUGCAGUGCUAGGUGUUUUUAAGUUUUCUAGUAGUAUUGCUUUUGAGUUACACUAUAACCUGAGUUACUCCUCUGCUCUAACAUUGUUGCGGAAGAACUAGCUUAUUGUUAGCCAGGUUGCUUGAAAGGUUGAGGGUGGAGUGGUUUGGCAUUUCUGUUUUAAAUAAACAUUUAAACUCUCAAUCA